CUCCUCCUCCAGCCUGAGGGGGCAGACCGGAUUCCUACAAGGUGGAGGGCAGAACCUCCAGAGAGGGGUCACACUGAUAAGGGCUGGGCCACAUUGAGGGGAGGAGUCACGUUGAGAGGAGGGGGUCACAAUGACCGGUGUAGUCACUCUGAGAGGUGGAGUCUCAUUGUGUGGAAGGAACACACAGAGGAGGGGUGUCUCACUGAGGGGUUCUGAUACACACUGAUGGUGGCAGUAUCAUACUAGGAAAAGGUCCCUCUGAAGGGGGCGUCUCACUGAGGAAUUAUUUAGCUCGGGCCUGAACUUAUUUGGCCCCGACGUCCCAGACCCUCUCGCCCAGGGUGUCGCUGCCACGGGUUAGGGGUUGCGUACCUGAGGGGGCGUGGCCGCUGCCGGUGGGCCGGGCUGGAAGGAGUUAAGCGGAGGCCCGGCUCAGCCCCGCCCCUGGCAGGCCGCGGAGCCUGAGCCCCAGCGGCGAAGCGGAGCAGCCGCCGCCCGCCCGCCAGCCAGCCCGCCUCCGCCUGCGGGGAGUCCGCCCGCUUGCCCGCCGGCGCCCGGGAGAGCCACUGCCACCGCCCGGCCCAGGCCCAGGCCCAGGCCCUGAGCCGAAAGAAGCAGAGCGGCGUUUACCCGGGCCCUGCAAGCCGGCGCGGCGGGGGCGGGCCGGGGCCCAGGAUCUUCCGCUGAUCUUCCAUUCUCCCGGACGGGAGCGGGAGCCCCGGCGUCCCGAAUCGGGCUGGGCGCGCGCCCAUGGCAAGCGCGGCCUGCCCGGGCCCCGGGGACCCUGCCAUGUGAGGCAGGCCGGGGCUGGGGGCCCGGCCAUGGCCGGGGAACGGCCCCCACUGCGGGGCCCUGGGCCAGGGCCCGGUGAGGCGCCGGGGGAGGGGCCCCCGGGGCCGGGGGGCACGGGUGGAGGCCCGGGCCGGGGCCGCCCCUCCUCCUACCGGGCUCUCCGCAGCGCUGUGUCCAGCCUGGCGCGCGUGGACGAUUUCCACUGCGCCGAGAAGAUCGGGGCCGGCUUCUUCUCUGAGGUCUACAAGGUUCGGCACCGACAGUCAGGGCAAGUCAUGGUGCUGAAAAUGAACAGACUCCCCAGUAACCGGGGAAACACGCUACGGGAGGUGCAGCUGAUGAACCGGCUCCGACACCCGAACAUCCUAAGGUUCAUGGGGGUCUGUGUGCACCAGGGGCAACUGCACGCUCUUACAGAGUAUAUGAAUGGGGGAACCCUUGAACAGCUGCUCAGCUCUCCGGAACCCCUGUCCUGGCCUGUCAGGCUCCACCUGGCUCUGGACAUUGCCCGCGGCCUGCGGUACCUGCAUGCCAAAGGUGUAUUCCACCGAGACCUAACAUCCAAGAACUGUCUGAUCCGACGGGAAGACCAAGGCUUCACGGCUGUUGUGGGUGACUUCGGGCUGGCUGAAAAGAUUCCUGUGUAUAGGGAAGGGGCAAGAAAGGAGCCAUUGGCUGUGGUAGGUUCCCCAUACUGGAUGGCUCCAGAGGUGUUGCGGGGUGAGCUGUAUGAUGAGAAGGCUGAUGUCUUUGCCUUUGGGAUUGUCCUCUGUGAGCUCAUUGCACGAGUACCUGCCGACCCAGAUUACCUACCCCGUACUGAGGACUUCGGCCUGGAUGUACCUGCUUUCCAGACCCUGGUAGGGGAUGACUGCCCACUGCCCUUCCUGCUCCUGGCCAUCCACUGCUGCAGUAUGGAACCCAGCACUCGUGCUCCCUUCACCGAAAUCACCCAGCACCUGGAAUGGAUCCUUGAGCAGCUGCCUGAGCCAUCCCCCCUCACCAGGGCUCCCCUGACACACAAUCAGAGGUCUGUUUCAAGAGGGGGUCCGUCUGCCACACUUCCUAGGCCAGACCCCCGGCUUUCCCGAAGCCGUUCCGACCUCUUCCUGCCCCCAUCACCGGAAUCACCCCCCAACUGGGGGGACAAUCUGACUCGAGUCAACCCCUUUUCACUCCGGGAAGACCUCAGGGGAGGCAAGAUCAAGCUGUUGGACACACCCAGCAAGCCAGUCGCCCCCCUGCCCCUUGUACCACCAUCACCACUGCCCUCCACCCAACUGCCCUUGGUGACCACUCCAGAGACCCUCGUCCAGCCUGGGACACCUGCCCGUCGCUGCCGCUCGCUACCAUCAUCCCCUGAACUUCCCCGACGUAUGGAGACAGCACUGCCAGGUCCUGGCCCCCCCACUAUGGGCCCCUCGGCUGAAGAAAGAAUGGAGUGUGAGGGCAGUAGCCCUGAGCCAGAACCCCCAGGACCAGCUCCCCAGCUGCCCCUGGCCGUGGCCACAGACAACUUCAUCAGCACUUGUUCCUCAGCCUCCCAGCCCUGGUCCCCUAGAUCAGGACCUACCCUUAACAACAACCCCCCAGCUGUGGUGGUGAACUCCCCACAAGGCUGGGCUGGGGAGCCCUGGAACCGGGCCCAGCAUAGCCUGCCCCGGGCAGCAGCCCUGGAGCGGACAGAACCCUCGCCGCCCCCCUCAGCUCCCCGGGAGUCUGAUGAGGGGCUGCCCUGCCCUGGCUGCUGUCUUGGCCCUUUCAGCUUUGGCUUCCUGUCCAUGUGCCCCCGCCCCACACCAGCUGUUGCCCGCUACCGCAACCUGAACUGUGAGGCGGGCAGUCUCCUCUGCCACCGAGGGCACCAUGCCAAGCCUCCCACACCCGGCCUGCAGCUGCCUGGGGCACGCUCUUAGCAGUAGAGCCUGUGGUCUCUGGCCUCCAACCUUGGCCUUCAGGAUGCCCUGUGAGGACAGAGCACACAUACUGGACAGUGCCAGCCCCAGAUGGGCUGACCAGCUCUUCUCCCCAUGUAGGGGAACCUCAGCAUGGACUCAAGGGACAGAACAUUUCCUAUCUAGCCCCUGGGCUUGCUCUCCCAUGGGCGAUCACUGAACCAGACAAAGCAUUGCUGACACAUGAGACUAACACGUGCAAAUUAUUUAAAAAUAUUUCAAUAAAACUGCCUGGCUGGC